AUAAUCACAGAUGUGGAUAGCAGCGUACAAGCUAGUUGGAUUUCUCACAAAAGUGGGAUUGUUACAAGCAAAAGCAGAAAUUUGGGUGAUUAUGGAUAUGAAAGGAAAUUAACAUUGAACAUCCGUUCAGUGGGAGUUAAUGAUUCUGGAGAAUUCACAUGCCAAGCAGAAAACCCUUUCGGAAAAACCAAUGCCACAGUAACCUUGAAAGCACUAGCUAAAGGAUUUGUCCGUUUGCUUGCAACAAUGAAUACUACAAUAGAUAUAAACGCAGGACAAAAUGGAAAUUUAACAGUUGAAUAUGAGGCAUAUCCAAAACCGAAGGAAGAAGUCUGGAUGUACAUGAACGAAACAUUACAGAAUUCAUCAGAUCAUUACGUCAAGUUCAAGACUGUGGGCAAUAACAGUUACAGAAGUGAACUUCAUCUUACCCGAUUAAAAGGAACAGAAGGAGGCAUUUAUACAUUUUUUGUGUCCAAUUCUGAUGCCAGCUCCUCUGUAACAUUUAAUGUCUAUGUGAAAACUGUGAUUUCUGAGAUGAGGGCACUGGUGACCUCAGAUGUCCUUUGCCGCCAUGGAUGA